AUGACUACAGCACAAGCACCACCAUCAAAGAGACCCCAGAAGCCCAAGCCACCCAAUGCCAUUGAGUCGGCGUUGAAAUCAUGGUUCGCCUCUUUGCCGUCCGAACUGCUCUCAAACCAUGAUAUCCCAGAGUUAAUCCUCAGGGCUCCCAAACGAUGGGUUGUCUAUGAGCCCAUGGUCCUGCUGCCGGCGGGUUCAUUUUAUUGCAGUCCAUGGCCGGAUCUUUUGCGCUCGGUGCCCGAGUCGCAGAUGGAAACUCUGUGGACGUCGAUACUAGACCAGGUUUCCAAGACUUGCAAGUCACGGCUCACGCACUUGGCUGCCAAUGAAGGCAUUCCGCUUCACGGCGACGACGGUGCGGAAGAGAACGUCCUCCGGAGCCCCAGCGGACUGAGGAUCCUGUAUGGAGAUUUUGGUCCUGCCGCCGUCCUCCGACCCGACGGGGGGCCCACGGCGCAGGAAUUCAAAGACGCCUUUUGGGUAUCCACGAAGCAGAAUGGCAUCUAUCAGACUUGGGCACCAAGGUGGACCAUGUUCAGCCGCGGCAACGUAAAGGAGAAGGCCCGGCUCUUGGACUUUCAUUCUUCGGUGUCAUCGACGCAGGGCCUCGAGCACAGGAAGAUGGACAAGCGAGAACUCAAAGGCAAGUGGGCAGUUGAUCUUUACGCUGGGAUUGGCUACUUUGUCUUUUCGUACGCAAAGCUCGGAAUGCGCGUCAUCUGCUGGGAGCUGAACCCGUGGAGCGUCGAGGGUCUGAGAAGGGGCGCCAUUGAGAACGGGUGGAACGUUCGUGUUCUCUCAGCCCCAGAGCGAUCCUCGAUCAGCAUGCACGACAUGAUAGAAGGGGGGGAGGACAUGAUCGUGUUCCUGGACACCAACGAGGCAGCCUUACCCUGCUUGACAGAAAUCAAGAACACGGGCACUCUGCUGGAUAUCAGACAUGUCAACGGCGGCUUCCUUCCUACCAGCGAACCCAUCUGGAAAGAUGCAUUUGAGAUGACCCGCGGGUUGGAUGGAGCGUGGUUGCAUUUGCAUGAGAACGUGGGCGUCCAUGAUAUCGAAAAGAGAAAGAGUGAUAUUCAAGAUCUGUUCAAAGGGUUAUGUCCAGAUCAUUCGACCCAAUCAAGGGUGGAACACGUUGAGCUGGUCAAGACAUUUGCGCCUGGGGUUUGGCAUUGCGUCUUUGAUGUAUAUAUUACGUCGGUCAAUGAUAUUAAGUAG